CUUAUCCAGUGCUCGAGCUGCAUAAACAAUCCCAAAACCAAUACCUAACUAACGGUCUCUGCGAAACUGAAAAUGGUGAGUUUGAUUUUGAUGGCUUCUUCUCUCUCAAAUCCUUCAUUUUAUUAUCACCAUCACUCCUUCAGAAUUAGAGCAUCUUCUGCUGCGCCUCGUGUUGAUCUCAACACUCUUCAAUCUGCUAUCUCUAAGAAAGACAGUAAUGCUGUUAAAGAGGCACUUGAUCAGCUAAAGGAGGAUGGGUGGGCUCAGCAGUGGAGUUCUCAGCCCUAUGUCUCUCGUCGUACGACAUCUGUCCGGGAACUAACAACUCUUGGAAUAAAAAAUGCAGAGAACCUGGCAAUUCCGAGCGUUAGAAAUGAUGCGGCUUUUCUUUUCACAGUCGUGGGAACGACAGGAUUUUUGGGUGUCCUUGCUGGCCAGCUUCCUGGAGAUUGGGGCUUCUUUGUUCCAUAUUUGAUUGGGAGCAUUUCUCUGAUAGUCUUGGCAGUGGGGAGCAUUUCUCCUGGGCUUCUUCAAGCUGCUAUUAGUAGCUUUUCGUCAUUUUUUCCUGAUUAUCAAGACCGGAUAGCUAGACACGAAGCAGCUCAUUUUUUGAUUGCCUAUUUGCUUGGAAUUCCUAUACUGGAUUACUCGCUAGAUAUUGGGAAAGAGCAUGUCAAUCUCAUUGAUAAAAACCUGGAAAAGCUGAUAUACAGUGGACAGCUUGAUACCAAGGAUCUAGAUAGGUUGGCUGUUGUAGCAAUGGCUGGACUUGCUGCAGAGGGUCUGCAGUAUGACAAAGUGGUUGGUCAAUCAGCUGAUCUUUUCACUCUCCAGAGAUUUAUAAAUAGGAGCAAACCACAACUUAGCAAAGACCAGCAACUAAAUCUUACUAGAUGGGCUGUUCUGUUUGCUGGAUCUCUCAUAAAAAAUAACAAGGUCCUUCAUGAAGCUCUAAUGAAAGCAAUGUCAAACAAGAUGACUGUAUUAGAAUGCAUCGAAGCGAUUGAGAAAGCUGCAUAAUUCUACAACCAAACAAGUUCCUUUUUCCCCCUUUUAUACUUGCCAAUCAUUCUCUUAAUUUAUAAAUAUAGAAAUUAGGUGAUUUUGUUGCAAUCUCAGUCCAACUCGGCCGCAAAACCAUUCAUUCUGUGAAGGACAAGAAAUCAGAGGACAUGUUUGUGUACGUAUCUCAUCCAUAUUUCAUUGGCACUCUACAAAAGUUUGUGAAAAAGGCUUUUAUUGAAUGCAAAUAAGCACUCUGCAAGCCA